CUGGCUGGCGGCGGCGGCGGCGUCGCGCGGCAACGGCCCCGACGACGCCGGCGCCGGCGCCGAGGUGUUUGACGUGUCGGCGGGGCCCUCGAUGCCCUUCGGCCUCGGCACGCGCGGCUGCUUCGGCCGCCGACUGGCCUACCUGGAGCAGCGCGUCUCGCUGACGCUGCUGGUCUGGAGCUUCGAGCUGAGCCCCUGCCCGCCCGAGCUGUCGGGCUACGCCGCCGUCGACGGCCUGACGCACCGGCCGAAGCAGUGCUACGUCAGGCUGCGGCCGACCGGGCUUGUGGCUUGAGAGCUUUGGGAUGCAAUAGGCGUGCGGUAUGGUUCGUGAAUAGCAGGCAGCUUGAGCCUGGCCAGCUUGAGUAGUUUCAAGGGGGGUCGCGUCGAUAGGUAGAUGACAUAAAAUUAAGUAACUAGGUCGCGUAGAUAAAUUCCUUUACACUGAGCGCUGUAUACGGCUGUGCCGACGUCCGUUUAUCGACCGUAUUAGACAAUUUCUUUCUGGUAGGCUCACGGCCGUGGUCUGUGUGGUCGACACGCACGUAGGGUCGUUAAGUAUGGUAGAAGUGAGGUCUGGGACCCAUCACUUUCUUUCAAAUUUAUGUUGAAAAUACCUUUUUGUGUUAUUCCUAUCAUCAUUCCUGUUUAUUCUGGUUCUAAUGCUUCAACAGAGCUCCGCCGCAUUGAC